AUGGACGCUUUCCACAGGGCCAAGUAUGAGCUCGCCGACGCUACCAUGCUGGUUCAUCCCGUCCCGUCGGCACCCACGCGCCUUAUGGUCGAUGCCUCCCUUAACGCCCAUCUGCAUGUCGACCUUGUCUGUCCGCUACCUCCUUCACGGGGCCAGCGUUACGGCCGCUCCCUCCUCACCAUCAUCGGCCGCUACACUCGGUGUCGGGAGGUGGUACCCUGCCUGAUGCAACCGCCGACACAGUUGCUAGCGCCCUUGCCGCGACCUGGAUCGCGCACUUUGGACCACGCACCGCACACACCGCACCACACACCACAGGGGGUUCACCAUAUCCGUACGUCAGCCUACCGCCCAGCAUCCAAUGACAUCGUUGAGCGCCUCCGCCGUCAGCUGGAGGUUGCCAUCAUCGCUCGCGAUGCCAACAGCACCGGGGUCAACCACCAUCCCCUGGUCCUGUUUUACAACCUCACCGCCCCCAAGCAGGACAUGGCCUGUUCCGCUGCCCAGCUGUUCUUCGGCACCACAUUACGCCUUCCUGGCGAUGUCUGGCUUCCCACGAGCCUUCCGCCACCGCUCCUCAUGCAGACAACGUUCAAGACCUGCGCCUGUACUUCCAGAGACUCACCUCAUCCCCCAACGACAGCCGCCUUUCGGCAACAUCAGGACACCGUCCACCAAGACCUCACCACCUGCGCCCACUCUUCCUGA